ACGCGCACACACUACUCAAUUUCACUCGUCUUCGUCGUCCCGCACGUUUCCACUUCCCUUGCCCUUCUCUUCCCAACUCAGAGAGUCUCCUUUCCACCGAACCCUGCUCGCCCAGCAGACCAAGGGGAAAAAGAAAUCUCGUAGAGGCGACUUCGCUGCCAUGGCCGGCGAUUCCACGACGGUCGCGGAGAAGGAGACCCUCAUCUCCUCCUUCCUCGAAAUCGCCGCCGGCCAGACCCCCGAGACUGCCGCCCAGUUUCUCCAAAUGACGAGCUGGCACCUGGAGGAGGCGCUGCAGCUGUUCUACAUCGACGGCGAGUCCGCCCUCGCGGCGCAUCCGGCUGCCGCACCGGCUGCUGCGGCGGCGGCGGCGGCCGCGGUGGCGGCGGGGGUAGAGGAGGCGUUGAGGUUCGCUCCGCCGCCAGCGGCUGCACUGGGCGAUGGAAUGUUGCAGGGACUUGGGGAGGAGGAGGACGUCCGUGCCCCGCUGCCUGUGAAGCGGGAGACCCUCUACGGCGAUGGCCCCGUGGCUGUCCUUCGGCCUAAUUCUACAGUUGCAUUUCGUAACUUUGAAGAGGAGGCAAGACAAUCCGCUGUUUGGGAUUCUGAUCAGAAUGCUACAUCUAGUUCUCAUGAUAACCUUGCUUCUUUAUACCGUCCACCUUUUUCUUUGAUGUUCAAUGGACCAUUUGAUAAGGCAAAAUUAGAGGCUUCUGUUCUGGACAAAUGGCUGCUAAUCAAUUUGCAAUCGACAGAGGAAUUCAGCUCUCACAUGCUUAAUCGAGACACUUGGGGAAAUGAAGCGGUGGCUCAGUUAAUUCGGUCAAACUUUAUUUUCUGGCAGGUUUAUCAUGACACCAGUGAGGGGAGGAAGGUACUCACCUACUACAAUUUGGUGUCCAUUCCUGCUAUUCUCCUAAUUGACCCCAUCACUGGACAAAAAAUGUGCGGUUGGAAUGGAAUGGUUCACCCAGAACGUUUGCUUGAGGAUUUGCUGCCUUACCUGGAUAAAGGUCCAAAGGAGCACCAUGCUGCUCAACCUCAGAAGCGCCCUAGGAAAGUUGAUCAGGGAACUUCUAUGGGCAAACAAGGCAAAACAACUGUAGAGGAUGAAGAUGAAGAACUAGCACGGGCAGUAGCAGCUUCCCUGGAGGAGAGUAAAGGAGUUGUUGGAGAAUCAGAUGCUACCGAUGACAUGGCUGAACCUGAGGAAGAAAACGAGCCCAGCUUAAAUAUUAAGCUGGAUUACCCUCCUCUUCCUGAAGAACCUACAGGAAGUAGGGAUCUUCUCUGCAGGGUUGCAAUUCGGCUACCUAACGGUCGGAGGAUCCAGAGAAAUUUUCUUCACACAGAUCCUAUUAAGCUCCUGUGGUCAUUCUGCUGGCCUCAGGUUGAGGACGGGAAGAAGAGGGCUUUCCACUUUGUACAGCCCAUUCCUGGAGCAUCCAAGAACCUGGGGUUCGCAAGUGAUCUAACUUUCAAAGAAGCUGGGUUGGCGAACUCAAUGAUCAACUUUUUCUGGGACUAAGCCCACUUCCAUAUUUUGCGUUUUGAAGCCGUCGUAUUCCUGCAUGGGCUUGAAUAUGGUUCAGCUAAAUUUUUUCCCUCGAGGAUUAACUUAUCUUUUGCUUUCCUGGAGCUUGGAUCCGAGGACAUAUCUGUGGAAAUGUUCUUUUGCCUAUCGUUCUUUUGUCUAUAAACAUUAGUCAAGGACUAUUUAAUGCACAUAUUUAUCAUA